GAGGAGCGGGCCCCGUGCAGCACACCCCCAGCUCUGGAGAGGCCGGGCAGAGCCGGGAAUGUAACAUGGCGCUGGCAGAGGGAUGCCCGGGAGGGAGGCGGCAUGUAGGACAAUAAGAGGCGCCAGCGGAGCGGGGGGCCCGAGCAGCCACAGGCCGUACAUGGACAGAGGGAGCCCCGUGUGGAGCGGCCCGGAGCAGCUUUUCUUCCCUCUGCCCUGUGUGAGACGUCGGCACAAUGUUGAUAGUGGAGAAGACGACGGAUUACCCCUCCACGGAGUAUUCCCUGGUGGAAGAUGUGGCCCUCCACUUCACCUGUUUGAUGGACAGACUCAACGAGCAGCGCCUGUUCCAGCCCGACCUCUGCGAUGUGGACAUUGUUCUGGUCCAACAGAAGAGCACUUUCCCUGCUCACAAGGGUGUCCUCGCUGCCUACAGCCAGUUCUUCCAUUCUCUCUUCACCCAGAACAAGCAACUUCAAAGGGUGGAACUGUCCCUGGAGGCUUUGACGUCUCGAGGCUUCCAGCAGAUCCUCAACUUCAUCUACACCUCUAAGCUCUUAGUCAACGGCUGCAAUGUGCAGGACGUUUUAAAUGCUGCUGCCGUGUUGCAGAUGAACGAAAUCGUCACGUCGUGUCAGGAGCUCAUCCACAGCAGGUCGUUGAACCUGGCGAUGGCCAACGAGGUUCUGGACACGGAGGACACUAGGACCAAUACCACCACGGUCAUGCAGCCUCAGUUCUAUAGGGAGAUCAAACAGGAGGUUGAUGCUCCUUCAACAAAGAUUUACGCCCGGGAAGGGAAUGAUCCCUACUCUGUUCGGGUAGAGGACAGUGUGAGCAAAGGACAUCUGCCCAAUGCCGCAUCGCCUAAGCAGUAUUUUAAAGAUGAGGAUAGGAGUGGGAGUAGGAUCUGUAAAAUUGAAGGAGCCGACUCUGAGGAGGACAUGGAAAGCCAAGAGUCCUACAACAGAGAACAGAUCAUUGUGGAGGUCAACUUAAAUAACCAGACACUAAACGUUUCUAAAGGGACUGAGAAUAAGGGGUCAACAGACACGGUGACUGUCUUAGACCGGUCAGAUGGCGAUGAACAGGGAUCGGAAGAAGAGGGCGAUGAUGAAAAUGAGGAAGAAGAAGGUGGGAUGGAGGAAGAGGAAGAUUUUCUUGACAUGUUGGAGGAUGACGACGAUGACCUCCUCCCAAGCGAAGAGGAAGAUAUCGGAGAACCCCGGCAGGAUGAAGAGGAGGAGGAGGAGGAAGAGGAAGAAGAAGAAGAGGAGGAGGAAAAGGACAAUGAUGAGUCGUCAGAGAUGGCCAAAGAUGAAAACUCUCCCGGCGAGGGGAGCAAGUCGCCGGGCAAAGACAAGACCGCCAACCUGAGGAAAGGAGCGAAAGCAUCCCGAAAUCGGGGAAGCAGCGGGAGGAGGAAAAAGAAAGGACAGGAUGUGUUGGGGCAAAAGGCCAAAUUUGAGGAGAAGCAGAACUUCCCUUGUAAAAAGUGCCCUAGGGUUUUCAAUAAUAGGUGGUAUCUGGAAAAGCACAUGAACGUCACCCACAGUCGCAUGAGGAUUUGCGACAAGUGCGGCAAGCGGUUCCUUUUGGAAAGUGAGCUCAUGCUCCAUCACCAGACAGACUGUGAAAAGAAUAUUCAAUGUUUAACGUGUGGGAAGACCUUUAAGAAGCUCUGGUCCUUACAUGAACACAAUAAAAUUGUACACGGGUACGCAGAGAAGAAGUUCUCCUGUGACAUCUGUGAAAAGAAAUUCUACACGAUGGCCCACGUCCGCAAGCACCUUGUCGCCCACACGAAGGACAUGCCAUUCACAUGUGAAACGUGCGGAAAGUCUUUUAAACGCAGCAUGUCACUGAAGGUCCAUUCUCUGCAGCACUCCGGGGAGAAACCCUUCAAGUGUGAGAAUUGUCAUGAGCGAUUUCAGUACAAGUACCAGUUGCGGUCACACAUGAGCAUACAUAUCGGUCACAAGCAGUUCAUGUGUCAGUGGUGCGGGAAAGACUUCAACAUGAAACAGUAUUUUGAUGAACAUAUGAAGACCCAUACCGGUAAGGAAAGAGAGAAACCCUUUAUCUGUGAAAUCUGCGGCAAGAGCUUCACCAGCCGACCGAACAUGAAGCGCCACCGCCGCACCCACACCGGCGAGAAACCUUACCCCUGCAACGUGUGCGGCCAGCGCUUCCGUUUCUCCAACAUGCUGAAGGCCCACAGGGAAAAGUGCUUCCAGGGAGGCAACCCUCCGACCCCCGGCAGCCCGGGGACAGUGGCCAGCCUCUCCGCCUCCUCACAGAGCGGCAACUCGCCGGCCCAGUCGAGCCCGGGCCUCUCCCCGACCUUGCCGCAGCACCCCCUCUCCCUGCCCCUGCUCCACUCGCUCCCCAGCAUGCCUCCCCCGUCACAUCACCUCCCGCCACCACCCCCGCUCUUCCCCGCCGGCCGCAUAAACAAUAACUAGACCAAUCCGGGAAGCGGCCUGACCAAUCUGUAGUUCUCCUCAAGGCAAGACUGUGGCACCGCGGACGUCUUGGGGUUUUUGUUUUUUUUAGUCUCUCGGCUUCCUUCUUC